GCAUGCCUGAACCCGCCAAAUCCGCUCCAGCCCCAAAGAAGGGCUCCAAGAAAGCCGUCACUAAAACCCAGAAGAAGGAUGGCAAGAAGCGUAGGAAGAGCAGGAAGGAGAGCUACGCCAUCUACGUGUACAAAGUGCUGAAGCAGGUGCACCCCGAUACCGGCAUCUCUUCCAAGGCCAUGAGCAUCAUGAACUCCUUUGUUAACGAUGUCUUCGAGCGCAUCGCAGGGGAAGCCUCCCGCCUGGCUCACUACAACAAGCGCUCCACCAUCACCUCCCGGGAGAUCCAGACCGCCGUCCGCCUGCUCUUGCCUGGGGAGCUGGCCAAGCACGCCGUCUCCGAGGGCACCAAGGCCGUCACCAAGUACACCAGCGCCAAGUAAUCUCUCUCUCUCUCCAUUCCCUGCCCCACAAACCCAAAGGCUCUUUUCAGAGCCACC